CGCGUCUUCUCCGCGGCGACGGCGGCAGCGGCGGCGGCCGGAGGGCGGUGGCGAUGCUGUGGCCCCGGCUGGUGGCCGCCGAGUGGGCUGCGCUGGCCUGGGAGCUGCUGGGCGCCUCGGUGCUGCUGCUCGCGGUGCGCUGGCUGGUGCGGCGGCUGGAGAAGCGGCCGCGGGGCCAGGGCCGGAGCUCGCUCCCCGCCCCGCCGUCCCGCGCGGCCGCGGACCCUGACUCGGACUCAGGCACAAUGACAAUGGAUGCCAUCUUAGCUCGACUAAAACUCCUAAAUCCAGAUGACCUCAGAGAAGAAAUUGUCAAAGCCGGAUUGAAAUGUGGACCCAUUACUGCAACCACAAGGUUCAUUUUUGAGAAAAAAUUGGCUCAGGCUUUAUUAGAGCACAGAAGACCCCUUCCAUCACACCAGGCUACCAUAGGAAGCCCCGCAGAGCAGGUCAGCUUUUCUGAAGACAGAGAUUUUGGUUACAGAGUGGGCUUGAACCCUCCGGAGGAAGAGACCCUGAAGUCUGAGACCUGCUCCGUGGCCUUCAGUGCUGUGCCUGGCGUUGACGGCCCCAAAACUGUGGAGAGGGCGUCUGCUGAGCCGCCUCUGUACUAUGGGGUGUUCCCGGCCUACGAGGAUUCCCCAGCUCGAAAUGAAAGAAUUCAUGUUUAUGAAGAUAAAAAGGAAGCAUUGCAAGCUGUCAAGAUGAUCAAAGGAUCCCGAUUUAAAGCUUUUUCAAGCAGAGAAGAUGCUGAGAAAUUUGCUAGAGGAAUUUAUUGUUAUUUUCCUUCUCCAAGCAAAACUUCUUCACAACUUUCUCCUGUGAAAAUAGCAUCUCUCUCUAGCAAUGGUGGGGUAAAAGCAACAGAUGGCUUGUGCUUUUCUGAGUCAGAAACCGUAAACAGAGAGCGAGCAAACAGCUAUAAAAAUCCCCGUACGCAAGACCUCACUUCUAAAUUGCGAAAAGCUGUGGAGCAGGGAGACGAAGACACCUUUUCUGACCUUAUCUGGAGUAAUCCUCGGUAUCUGAUUGGUUCGGGGGACAAUCCAACCAUCGUGCAGGAGGGAUGUAGGUACAAUGUCAUGCACGUUGCUGCCAGAGAGAACCAGGCUUCCAUCUGCCAGCUGACUCUGGAGACGCUAGAGAACCCCGAGUUUAUGCGGCUCAUGUACCCUGAUGACGCCCCAGACAUGCUGCAGAACCGCAUUUGUUACAUCCUCGAUCUGUACCUGAACACGCCUGACAAGGGGGGCUACGACACACCGUUGCAUUUUGCUUGUAAGUUUGGGAAUGCGGAUGUGGUCAACGUGCUUUCUUCACACCCUUUAAUUGUAAAAUGCCCACGGAAUAAGUGUGAUAAAACCCCUGAGAACGUUAUUUGUGAAAGAAGCAAGAAUAAAUCUGUGGAACUGAAGGAACGAAUUCGAGAAUAUCUAAAGGGUCACUACUACGUGCCUCUCCUGAGGGCAGAGGACACGUCGUCCCCAGUGAUCGGGGAGCUGUGGUCUCCAGACCAGACAGCCGAGACCGCGCACGUCAGCCAUGGCGGAGGCAGCCCCAGGGACCCCGUUCUGACCCUGAGAGCCUUUGCAGGGCCCAUGAGUCCCGCCAAGGCAAGAGAUUUUCGCAGACUUUGGAAAACCCCGCCUCGGGAGAAAGCAGGCUUCUUCCACAGUGUCCGGAAAUCAGACCCAGAGCGGGGCAUGGAGAGAAUGGGAAGGCAGCUGGCUCACGAGCUGGGGUACCCCUGGGUCGAGUACUGGGACUUUCUGGGCUGUUUCGCUGACCUGUCUUCCCAGGAGGGCCUGCAGAAGCUGGAGGAAUACCUCGCACAGCAGGAAGUGGGCAGAAAGGCCCAACGAGACCUAGGAGAAAACGAGGCUUCUGCCUUUGGCUGUCGUGGGAAGUGCAGCAAUCCCAUCUCCGUGAGGGCCUUUCUGGGGGAAGACGGUGACAUGAGCUUGGAAGAGAUUAAAAACCGGCAGAACACAGCUCGGAACCACAGCCAGCCCUCAGCCAGGGCCUCCAGAGGCUCGGGGGGUGACAUCCCCUCGGAGCAGAGGGCGGACCUUAUAGAAGACGCGGCGCGGUCCUGUCCCCCCAGCAGCAGGAAUGGCUUCUGCAGCCCCGGGGGCGGGGGCAGGACCGCGCGUGGGAAGAGGACAGAGGCCGCCAGUGGGGAGGAAGCCCUCUCGUCGCCUGUCUCCGGCUUGACUGUGGAGUUCCAUAAGCUCCAGUUGCAGAAUCUAGGAAGUGGGUUUCCCGAGACACCAAGUGAAAGUGUGGAAACGAGAGAGGAGGAGAUCCUGACGGCGAGACCAGAAGCGGUGGACAGUGAUGCCGAGCCUCCUGCGGCCGACAGACUUGGAAGCAGUCAAGCAAGGACGGAAGGCGAGAUAUCGGCGGGCAUUGCCAACAUGUGCCUGGGCCCCCACUGUCCCGGCCACGAGGCCCCACACAGCUGCACCUCUGCGUCCUCCGAGCCCUUGGGGGUCACCGCCAGGAAGGAGUCUGUCCGGAGGCUCUUCCUUCUGGGGGAAGAGCCGUCCAAACUGGAUCGUGACGUCUUGGCAGCUCUGGAGGGUGCAGACCUGGACCCUCAGCGGCACCCUGCCGUGCACAGGUGGAGGAGCGCUGUCCUGGGCUACCCACCCUCCGACAGGCAGAGUUGGCCGAGCCCCUCGAUAAAAGGGAAGUUGACGUCUCAGCUGCCGGAUCUUGAUUGCCCGACGAGCUGCAGCCCAGGGAGAAGUGGUCCCGCGGUGGGCAGCCCCAGGAAGCCCAGCUCUGCCCCCCUCUCCCCCCGUAUGGGCAGCCCGGGGCGCUACAGCCCUGCCAACGGGUGCCACCUGCGCAGGAUGGUGCGCCUGGCCCCGCAUGCAGCCUUGUAGGCUGGUGUGGGUGCUGGGCUCUCGCGUCAUUGAGAAGGGUAACGUGUGCAUUGCUAAAAUUUACAAAAAGGAUGUAUUCUCAUUCACUUAUUAACCCCUAUUUUGAGAGUAAGAGAGUUCUAGAAAAUGCAGACGUUUCAUGUAAACUUUAGGUUUCUGGCAUUUUGAGAGAAGUUGAUGAAAGCAAACGCGGGUAUGUUUUCUGAAAGCUCGGCAUGAUGCAGCCCACAGUGACAUCCUGGUGCGUGUGUGGCAGGAGCUAAGCUGUCUGCAUUCCCACAAUGGCCGUGCGGGACCAGCCCUCCUCCCCCUCACCGCCAUGUUCACUUCAACUGUUCUGACAACUAAGAUGAUUUUGUUCACCUUCCUUUUCUGGGGAGGGUUUUUCACUUUUGGGCUCCUUGGUUAGAUGAAGUUAAAGCCGUUCUCUCUCUUGGACGAAAUGUGCAGCCAUUGGGAGGCGGAUGAUAGGCAGGCAGGACUUGCACAGCCAGGUGUUUCCUUCCGCCAGCUCUGAGCUGUGUGUGCUCUGUGCUGCCGGUGCAGUGGGGUGGGAUGAUCUGUCAGUUCUCGGUUUUGAAAUUAUCUCAUAUUUUAGAAUUCACUUCAGUCAGAGUUCCUUUAUAACAUGUACAGAAACUAGAGGUCGACUUUUGACUUUUGGCAGGUUUGAGCCUGGUUUAGUUGCUCGAGUGUGGUUUACUUUAGGAGUCCUCCCUCCCCGUCUGUGUGCAGAGCGUGGGGGUCACCACAGCUCUCGGCCCAGACCAGAUUUCCAAGGACAGAAAACUCUACCUGUGCUUUACUGACUUCAGUGCCUUUUGUAAAUCGUUUUUUAUUUUUUCUGAGCUUGUUUUUUCAGAAUGUAGUGUGUGAGAUUCUUUUUCAUUCAUGAAAAUUGUUAUUUCACACAAUAACAAGAGGCAGGUCAGGAAUAUUAGAAUCAAGAUUUAGAUUUAAAAAUUCUAAUGGUGGCUACACAAGGUGUUUUCAUGUCUAGAUAUAAGACAGAAAAUAACGUUGUAUUGUAAAAGCCAAUGGCAUUUUAAAAGGCAUCUGUUCUCAACAGAAAUCAGAAUGCAGAUGUUCAGAGUGCUGACCUGUUUUUCCUAGAAUCUUACCUGCUGUGCUGUAUAUUGCUGUAAAUACUCAGAUGAAAUUAAAAUAGGGUUUUUGCUG